UCUCCCCCCUCUGCUUUUUCAUGUUCAGUGGAUUCUCCUCUCUGUGUCUCUGCCUCUUUUUCUCUAUUUUUUUUUCUCUCUAUUGUUCCCCACGUCACCAACUGUCACUCACUUUAUAAAGCCGUCUGGCUCGGAGCUUAAAUAUUGCACGGCAACUAAAACCCGCCAUCAGAGCCAAUUCAGUCAUAUCUGUUCAGUCGUGCGACAAGAUUGGGACUUUUAGUGUAGGGAAGGAGAGAGACAAAAGUUCACUCUUCACUGCAGAGUGCCAAGAGAGGAGGGGGACACAAUUCUUCGGUGGAACCUUUCCCAGUGACAGUAAGCAAUGGGUGACUGGAGUUUCUUGGGGAACAUUUUAGAGCAGGUGAAUGAGCAGUCCACUGUCAUCGGGAGAGUUUGGCUCACAGUGCUCUUCAUUUUCCGCAUCCUGAUCCUGGGAACAGCUGCUGAACUAGUAUGGGGAGAUGAACAGUCAGACUUUGUGUGCAACACUCAGCAACCUGGUUGUGAGAAUGUCUGCUAUGAUGCCUUCCCCAUCUCCCACAUCCGCUUCUGGGUGCUGCAGAUCAUUUUUGUCUCCACACCUUCGCUGGUGUACUUUGGGCAUGCGGUGCACCACGUCCGCAUGGAGGAGAAGAGGAAAGAGAAGGAGGAAGCUGAGAGGCGUCAGCAAGCUGAGGUGGAUGAAGAGAAGCUGCCCCUAGCUCCAAAUCAAAACAAGGGCAACAACCCGGAUGGGACCAAGAAGUUUCGCCUGGAGGGGACCCUCCUGAGAACCUACAUCUUCCACAUCAUUUUCAAAACUCUCUUUGAAGUGGGAUUCAUAGUUGGCCAGUAUUUCCUGUAUGGCUUCCGCAUUCUUCCCCUUUACCGCUGUGGGAGGUGGCCCUGUCCUAACCUCGUGGACUGUUUUGUCUCCAGGCCUACAGAGAAGACCAUCUUUAUUAUGUUCAUGCUCGUGGUUGCUUCUGUGUCCCUCUUCCUCAACCUGGUGGAGAUCAGUCACUUGAUCCUGAAAAGGAUCCGGAGGGCUCUGAGAAGACCAGCAGAGGAGCCAAUGGGGGAGGUGCCAGAGAAACCCCUCCAUGCUAUUGCAGUGUCCUCCAUCCCAAAGGCCAAAGGCUACAAGCUGCUAGAAGAAGAAAAGCCAGUGUCCCACUAUUUCCCUCUCACGGAAGUAGGGGUUGAGCCCAGUCCUCUUCCAUCAGCCUUCAAUGAGUUUGAGGAGAAGAUUGGGAUGGGGCCAUUGGAAGAUCUCUCCAGGGCAUUUGAUGAGAGGUUACCAUCAUACACACAAGCGAAGGAACCGGAAGAGGAGAAGGUCAGAGCAGAGGAAGAAGAGGAACUAGAAGAGGAGCAGCCAGCACCUCAGGAAGAGCCAGGGGUGAAGAAAGCAGAGGAGGAGGCAGUGAGCGAUGAAGUGGAAGGGCCUUCAGCACCUGCAGAACUUGCCACUGAUGUGAGAUCCCUCAGCAGGCUAAGUAAAGCCAGCAGCCGGGCCAGGUCAGACGAUUUGACUGUAUGAGGAUGCAGGAUACGAGGAGAAUAUGAAAAGGAAAAGAAAAAAAAGAAAAGGAAAGAGAAAGAAUCAGAAGAAUUUUAAGCAAAGUGCUAAAGUGAUCGUUUAAGUAUUAUUUCAUCUUGAGAUUCUCGACUGGAAAGGUACUAUUGUGGUAACUGUGCCUUAUUUACCCUAUAUGUCCAUUUGAAAAGGAACAUUUUCCGUUUCCACAUGCCAGCUCAUUUCUUACAGUAAUAUCUACAUUGUCCACAUAACUGAUGUGUUUUAAAACCUAAUGUGGCAGUGAAACCCAAAUGUCACCACUGUGAAUGUACUUACUGGAAGCUUUGUGUUCCACAUUUCUUUAGGAACGUGAGGAGGAUCUGUCUCAUGAGCCAUCUAAGGGGAAGGCUCAUAAACAACAGUAUCUAGUAUUUCUUUUUCUGUUGUCACCUAUGGCAUGCUGAGCAGAUCUCCCCUUCACUGUGUUUAGCAUUGCCACACUAAAACAGUAAGCACUAUUUCCCCUCUUUAUUGAGAAAGCAAAGACCAAAAAUAUCUAUGAUUUCUCUGUGAAUGUAAAUUUGAGUUAGGUAAAAAUACUUUAUUUUCCCUUCGUCAAAAAUAUUUUUGCUCUUUAAUUGACAUUGACAGUGGGCAAGGUUAACUCUAGCUCUCUUCUAGGACUUAGCAGAUGCUCACAGAUGGAUUAUUUGUUCCCAAGAGAGUUAUCCAGCUCCAAGCUGAGCACUUCAGAGCACUGGAAAGAAAAAAAUCAAGUGAUAUUUUUUACUUAUAAUCCUGUGACUUAAAGAUCUGAAACUCAAUUUAGCAAAGCAAGCAUGGAAGGGUUUCUGUGAAAGAAGGAACAGCUACAGUUCCCAGAGCAUGAAACCAAAUACGAGCCUUCACAGCAUGAUCCUGACAUGUGCUCAGUUCCUGGAGCCCCAAGACUUACAGGCACUCAGCAAAUCUCAGGUACAGCACCCUGAAGGCACCUGUGAAUCUAAACCACAGGUAACGAUGUGACUUUGAAACAAAACUGGUUGUUCAGGUUUGAAAAGUCUGAUAUGAUAAUUCUGACAUCCUUUGUUUUUAAUUUGACAGGCGGGAGCCAUCCAGUGGCCUACUUCGCUAUUAAAUGCCAAAGUCUCAAAGAAAACAAGGCCUUUCAAAAGAUCUUCUAGAGUAGGAGAGAAAGGUAGCAUCUUAGCUUAUAUCUUUUAGGUCUUUUGUGCCAACAGAUCUGUGCAGAACUCUCAGAGCCUCAGUAAAUCCUUUUAGUUACAAAAGGCAGAAAAACACAUGCUCGUUUAAACGUCUGUGGAUUUCAACCUUCAGGACUGCAGCAGCGCCUUUGGGCUGGGACAGUGCAGCUAUGCAUUUAAAGCUUCAGGUUAAUAGCUACGUCCCCUCUAAAACUGAGCCUUAUGCCAGAAAAGUGCAGGUAUGCACUCUCAUCUGCUCUGCUCUGCAAACCUCAGACCCUGCCAGCUCAGCGAAUUCUUUCUGCUGGGCUGCAGCCCGUUCCAUUGUUCCCAGGGCAGGCUCUAAUCCAGAUCAGGAAAAAAAACAGUCUUUGGCAUAAUGCGUAUAAGUCGUCCUGCCAUUAGCUAGAAAAGACCCCCUGCCAUCUCCCAUUGUAUCAGGGCUGACCCAAAGCCCAUUGAAAUUAGCUGGGUGUCUGAGAUAGAUGUCCUAGGCUUGGGCUCAUACCCUCAGUCCUGUUGUCCUACACCCCAGCCCAGGCAACCACAGGUACACCCAGCUCUGUCACUGAUUAACCUGCUUGGUAGACUUCAUGUGCCUUGUUUUGCAGCCUCCGUGGUCUGGCACAAAGUUGGCUGGACUUCACUGAUGCGUGAAGUAAGCUGUACAUAUGUAUAAAGUUUGUAGGGUGUGUUGGGAUUGCCACGUAUAUAUAUUUUUUACACUAUUAAUCCUUUUGCUCCUCUUGGGCCUGUGUAUUUUCCCACAGAUUGCAGCCUGUUAACAUAAUCUUUGCUCCCUUGACAAAGGCUGUUAGGGUUUUAAGAAACAAUUCCUUGUGAAGGAAGACUGGAAGGUACCUCCUCAGCUGUGAGAAAGAAUAUGACAAAGCAAGAUACGUGAAGGAAAAUGCGGAGGGAGAAUUUGGAGGUUACCAUCUACCCAUUCUCUCAAUAAAGAAACAGGAGAAGAGUAAGUAGCAAUGAAAGGCAGGUGGCAAAAGAAAAACAAGAAAAGAAGUCUUCAACAGGAAAACUCCAAUACUCCACUAGAACCCAAGAAAGAGCGAAGACCUAGAUGAAUAACAAACCCAGCAUGUUUAUACUAUAUGGGAUGUAUUACUUUUUUCCUUCACAGAGAAGACAUAGUAGAGUGUUAAUAGUUUGAAGCAUAGCAGAGUUCACUCGAACUGGAAAAAGCCUUCCCUGCAGGUGAAAAAAAUUAUCUGUAACUGUUCAGUGUGAGGUACCUUCCACCUUAUUGAGAGCAUCUGACCCUUCCACAUACCAAUGUACUGACCUAGAUGAACCACCUCCCAUCCUCGCUUACUACUAAUUACUCGACAAGUCCUUUGAGAAAGCAUUUUGAUGACCAUCCCCGCUCCUGAUCUCUGUGAUGCACACCUUCAUUAGAUCACUGGACUACUUAAAGAUAAAGAUUCUCACGAAUUUGAGGUCCGUGGUUCAUAAUAUGGAUGUCAGACAAUCCAGUCUUCAGUUUUAAGAUGUUGAGUACGUCAUUCUUUUUCACUGGAGUAGAAUACAGUAGAGUACAGUACAUGCAACAUCCUGAACAGACGCUAUGUUGUUCCUUCACUGCUGCUGCAGGAAAGCUCAUUUCUUCCUCCAGGUCAUGACAGUGCAAUGAAUGAAGUUAAUGUUUUCCUCCUGCAUCCUGUCAACUGCUUGCUGAUUUUUUUUCAAGCCGGUUUUCAAGUACCCUGCCAAGCUGCUAAAGCCUCCAAGUAUGAGCCAUGGCACCAAGGCAGCGCUUUUCAGCUAACUGGGCAGGGAGCUUACAGUCAGGUUAUAUGGUAUUCAGCCUCAUCUCUGCAGUGAAGUCACUGUUGGGACCAUCAGCAAGUCAUUCUUCCCUCUUGUACAAUUGGGAAUCAUUUUCUACCUCACAAAGACUAUGUGAGGCUCAAUAUAUUUUGUUAGUAGUAGGAUGGGAGGUCCUGGGAAGGAAGGCCCUACAGAUGAGCAAAGGAUUAUUUCUGUAUGUGAUUCUGAAAUGUGUUUUAUUCCCCCCUCAGUGAGACAAAUUUAAUCAUUUAUUCAGGAAAUUCCUAAUGAAGUUACAUAACAGCCUCAGAGCUGUGGAUUCAGUGUAUUUAAUUAAAACAAACAAUCAAAACACACAUAUAAAAAUAAAUGUAAAGAACAAGGAAAAUUAUCUUGGGAAGUGGACACUGGACAAUUAGAGCCAUGCUUGGAUCAUUUAAAGGUGUGUAGUACUCCCUUGGCUCCCUGUGCUAAUAAAUGAUUAACUGAUCACAUGGCUCUCUGCAAGGAGCUUAGGGUGCAAGUGUCAAAUUCACCAAAGGAAGUUAGAAGAGAAAGGUAGUGUCUUAGCUGAUAUUAGCAUGUGGGAGUUGGUGUUCUCUAGUGUCUAGAGCAGUGGACCUAGGAUAAUGAUCUUAGAUUUAUUUCCAGCUCUGAUACUGACUUGCUGUGAUAAUCACUUUACCUCUUGGUACCUGGUUUUUUUUUUCCCACCUGUAAAAUGGGUGUAAGAAUUUCCACCUACCUCACAGGGAUGUUGUGAGGCUUCCUUAAUUCUGUUUGUAAAGAAAGUAGGAAUGAUCUGAUGAAAAGCACUGCUGAAAUGCA